AUGGAUCUUCCGCAAAAAAUCGACGAUUAUAUCAAGGAAUCGAUCGAUCAUUCCUUGGGCCUCCCUGUGUCCACGCACACGCUCGAAUUGAAGCUUCGAUGCUCGGAAGAAUCGAAGCAGCGGCUUCAGAACCAGUACUCUGUUCUACUCGCAAAAAUGAAGGAGAAAGAUCAAGUCCUCGAGCGCGCUAGGGCUGAAGCGAGUAUGAAUGCACAAGCUUUGAGGAAGUUCGUUGAGGAGAAUCAGAGAUUGGCGUCAGAGUGCGCGCAUCUAGUGACCCAGUGCAACAAAUGGGAGAGAGAGUGCUCGCUCUAUGAUCACGACCGGGAGGCUUUGAUGGAUUUUGGGAACGAGGCUGACCAGCGUGCCAAGGAGGCUGAGAUUCGUGUUCAAGAGUUGGAGGACGAAGUCAAAGAGUUAAGGGAUGAAUUGGGGUUCUACAAGCACAAAUUAGAGAUGCAUUCGGUUGAUUCAUCUUCUGAUGACACAACCAUUGGAGAGAAACUACUGGAGUCUGUUUUAGCAACAUUGAUCAGUAAAGAUGAAGCUGUGUCUGCACCUGCAUUUCUGGAGGUCAAUGGUGGAAAUGAGUCAUGUCAAAUGUUGCUAAAAAUGUGGAACCGCUUGAGGCCAUCGACUCAAAAAGUUCUGUCACUGGUGGCCAAGGUAAAGACACUUGAGAAGGACAAGGAACAUCUAACGAUGAAUCUUUGUACCGCUGAAGAAGAGGUCAAAUUGCUUUUUGAAGAGAACAAAGUGCUAGAUGUGGAGAACAAAAGAUUACUGAGGCAGUACCACAAGGAAAGAAACCAGUCUGGUUCAGGCGGAAAACAUAACGACAGUGCAUCAGCAAAGUCGAAUAAGCGAAAGUCAAGCUCAAAGAUGAGCAGCCCGAUUGCGAAGAUUGAUUUCAGUGACCAAGAACCAGCAAGACAGCCCCUUUCACCCUUGCGUUGUAACUCCCCUAACUCUAGAAACCGUAAGAAGUAA